AUGGCUGGCUAUAGGAACACGCGCAAUCUGGGCCAGCAGUGGCUGCGCGGGACGCGUCGUGGCUUGCACACCAAGCCCCCGCUAUCCAACAGGUCCAAGGCGGCCAUUCUCGGUCUUCGCUAUGGCCCCCCUUUUCUGCUUGCGACCGCCGCUGCCGGCUUCCUUUCGUCUGACCACUCUCCAUACCCGCUGUUCCGCCCCAUCCGCCUCGACGCACCUUUACUGAAGCGAUACAUCUUCAGUGGCAGUGGUGGAGGAGAUGAUACAAAGACAGAGCGUACGUCCGUCGGCGAUGCAGAAAGGCAGAUAAAUGAAGAGGAUCAGGGCAAGCCAGGCGAGCAAGAUGCACCACCCCAGACUCGUGUUGCAAAGGGCUACAGCGGCGAGGAAAAGCAAGGCGGAGAGAACCAAUCCGCAUGGCAGACUAUCACAGACAAAUUUCCAAAGUCGCCGUCGCCCUCCAAGAUCGGUGACACCAUCAUCGACUACAUUGUGCCCAACUGGGUCAAGGUCCUACCCGGCUUUAUCCGAAAGCUGCAGAACGAGCUCUCCAUGGCGCCGGGAUCAUUGGCCGAAGAGCUAUGGCGCGAGGCCAACGACCCCGAAAUCAACCCCGAGAUUACCUGGGAUGCUUCUGUAAGAGUUUCGAACGAGCUGUGCGACGAAGAGAAGGUCUUUUUGGAGAAGCGCGCACACUUCACCAAGGCUGCACUAGCACGCUACCUUGAUAUUCCCGAAGCCACAAUACACCCUGACGAUGUCCCUGUCAUCGCCAUGUGUGGUUCUGGAGGCGGACUGCGUGCUCUCGUUGCGGGAACGUCGUCAUACCUCUCCACCAAGGAAGCCGGCCUCUUUGACUGUGUCACAUACACAGCAGGAGUCAGUGGAAGCUGCUGGCUCCAGACUCUCUACUACUCGGAACUUAGCCAACGCAGUCACGCUCGUAUCAUUCGGCACCUCAAAAACAGGCUCGGCGUGCACAUUGCCUUCCCACCCGACGCCCUAGAACUGCUUGUCAGCGCUCCGACGAACAAGUACCUUUUGAGCGGGAUGGUGGAAAAGGCAAAGGGCAUCCCAGAUGCCGAUUUUGGGCUGGUAGACAUUUACGGCGCCUUACUUGCAGCUCGCCUGCUCGUACCCAAGGGCGAGCUGUCUGUCAGCGAGUACGACUUCAAGAUCUCAAACCAGCGACGGUACACCGACAACGGCUCACAUCCGCUCCCAAUCUACACGGCCGUACGACAUGAGAUCCCUCUCGCCGAACAGUCAGAUACCAGUGAUCCUGUCGCAGCAGAGGAGAAGGCGAGAAAAGAAGCCUGGUUCCAAUGGUUCGAGUUUACCCCGUACGAGAUGUGGUGCGAGGAGCUCUCAGCCGGCAUACCCACGUGGGCAAUGGGUCGCCGUUUUCAAAAUGGCCGAACAGUCUGGCGAGACAAUGGCUUGGCAUUGCCCGAAGUACGCGUUCCUUUACUCAUGGGCAUCUGGGGCUCUGCUUUCUGCGCAACACUAUCACACUACUACCGCGAAAUCCGUCCUCUCAUGCGUAGUUUGACAGGCUUGGGCAGUAGUAUAGAUGCCAUGAUUGCAGAGCGCGACGAUGAUCUGGUCAAAGUCCAUCCCAUCGACCCUGCUGCAAUGCCCAACUACGCCCUCGGCAUGCGCGAGUUUCUUCCGUCGUCCUGCCCUGAAAGCAUCUUCGAACAGAAGAACUUCCAAUUCAUGGAUGCCGGCAUGUCUAACAACCUACCCAUUUACCCUCUGCUUCGCCCAGGACGCAAUGUAGACAUACUCGUCGCUUUUGACGCCUCUGCCGAUGUAAGAACCGACAACUGGCUCAAAGUCGCCGACGGAUAUGCCCGCCAGCGCGGCAUCAAGGGAUGGCCCGUAGGCGCAGGCUGGCCACCUGCUGACGAAUCCAUGGAAGACCUUGAAAGAGAUCUUGAACGCGCUCAAGCUAAGACUGAACAGCAGGCACAAGAAAAACUCGAACAGGCUAAAGAGGAGGAUGGUUCCAAGAAGAGUAAAGACCUUGGCUACUGCAAUAUCUGGGUCGGCACCACCGAAGAACGCACAUCUGACUCGGAACACCCGGAAAGCAAGCAAGUCGAGGAGGACUGGGAGCUCAUGCACCCGUCUUCUGGCAUCAGCGUCAUCUACUUUCCUUUCCUGGCCAACCCCAAAGUCCCAGGCGUAGACCCCACAGUCAGCGAUUUCAUGUCGACUUGGAAUUUUGUGUAUACUCCCGAGCAAAUCGACAGCGUCGUUGAACUUGCACGCGCAAACUUCAACGAGGGCGCUGAGCGCACCAAGCGCACGGUGAGGGCUGUAUAUGAGCGCAAGAAGAAACAAAGAGAAGAGCGGGAGAAGGAGGAGAAGGAAAGGCGGUGGCGGUGGAAGUUGAGUCAGGGAAGGAUUGCCGGGAGAAGGAUCGGUGGGGAUGGCGAGCAUGGAGAUCACUUUAGCUAAGGAGUUAAAGAAGAGGAAUGCUCUGGAAACGAUGAGAUGACGCUUUAUACCCACUUUUGGAUCGAGAAUGAAUACAUAAACGAAGACACAUAAUAUUAGAGUACGUGUGAAGGUUUUGAGGAAAAAUAGUCUCGUCUCACCCUGUAACCAGACAACAAGUGCAUCCAGAAGCACUCCCUCCGCCCUUCACAACGUAUAGAAAUAGCAACAGCUGC